AUGGCAAAGAAGGAGGGAAUAAGCGGUAAUGAAGAGAUGCAAGGAAGGAAAGGACGAAUAAUUGGGUCGGUGCACGUGGAAAUGAAGAACUUUGGUGAAAAGGAAGAAUGGAAGUCAGGAAGAAAUGAAGCAUGGGAUUGAGAAGGGAAUGCGAGGAGGGGUUGGGAAGCCUGAAACAAGGAAGGAAAGGAAAACAGCUGGGAAUGUAGAGAAAUUAAAGAAUGCAAGAUAUCAAGCAGGGAAGUCAAGAAUGUACGAAGAAAAAAAGCAAACAUGAAAGAUCAGGAAGAACAUAAAGAACAGAGAUUAUGGCAAAAUAAAUAGCUCGUUAUUAAACAUUCAUCUUAUUUGUACAACGUUUUAUUUUGCAGGUGCUAUCGCUUCACAGUCCAAUGUGUUAUCUUACAUUCAAUUUGGACAAUUCGUUAUGAUUGUAAUGUCUGUAAGUUGGGCGUAUGCAACCUUCGUUUUUCAAGCAAUGUGCUGUAUCUUGGGACCAGAAAAGAACUCUGGUCAAAUGAUGGUUCCCAAGCAUAAGACACGGUACAAGAGGCUCAAAGCAUGCUUGUGUUGUGCGAAUGAUGACUUAGAUCACUAUAAGAUGGUCAGGAAAAACGAUAGUACAGAGGUAAAAAAACAGUUCGAGUGUUAUACAUGUACAUCAAGGAAGACAAAUGAAAUUGGACGAACUUAAGUAACAAGACCAAGUCUUCGCGCUUAUUCUUAUUGUUUAAGGUAUACCCUGACGAGAAGUGCAUAUAAAAAGCAAUACCAGCCAACCAUUUCGAAAAGUAUACAACAAAUAUAAUCCAAAGAUUCCGAAGAUUAGCAUCUUGAAACUCAAGUAUAAACAAGCCGAGAAGGAGUUUAUUUAGGGGCGGACCAUUAGAAAUCCCGGGAGCGGGGGUGGGAGGGGGGGGGGGGGGAAAAUUCCCCCAAAAACUCGUGCAAAGAAAAAUGCCUGGAAAAAAAUUCGUGCAGCCAUUACGUCCGAGAAAAAAAAAUUCGUGCAAGCAAACAGCAAAGUACAAAUCUUGAAAAAAAAUUCGUGCAGAGGUUAAAUGCAUUAAAAAAAUCCUGCAGAGACAUGAGACUGAAAAAUUAAUCGGCAGCCAUUUAUGAAAAGGCUGUAUGCUAUAUACCACCAUUCGAUUCAGUGUAACAAUAUCUCCUCGUUCCUAGCGAUAGUUUUAGUCAAUGGCAACAUUAUAGCGAUUUAUGAACUUUGAAAGUCAAGCGAGCUCGUAUAUGAUCAAAUUACGUAAUUAUUACUAACAAAUUAUAAAAAUAAACAUACCUUUCGUAUGCUCAUUGUGAUAUUCUUGAUGAAUUGAGCAGUUAAAAUAUCAUGUACAGUGUUAUUUUCAAGCUUCUAUCUUUAAAGUGCCAAUAUCAGAGUCAGGGAAAUGAUUUUUCCUGAUAGUUUAGAUGAUUUUAAGAACAUUUGCAAUAUAUUUGACAAGACGAAAAUUUGAUCUUCAUGGACUUUUUGGGCCUCAAAGUUGCGGAUUUUGGCAAAUUUUUGUGUUUGACCAUGAGAUACAAUUACUGGUAACUAGUUGUGUUGUGAGGCGAAAGUGACGUAGGAAUGAGAAGACAUGCUUUCAGAACAACAGGACAUUUAUAGUAAAACAGCAACAUUGAACACAUUAUCCUUUUUAAAAACACGAGAAAAGAAUAUUUUAUCGUUUUUUUUGUUUAUUUCGGUGAACGUCCAUGGUUCAGAGAUGCCACAUAGGUGUGUAGCAUAUGGAUGCUCCAACAUUGCUAGCCAAAAUGAAGGAAUAUCGCUGCACAAUAUUCCGUAUGGGAAUGACGAUCGGCCAGAGGCAAAAAAAGCGAAGGAAAAGAUAGAUUGACUUUGUGAAACGAAAGAGACUGAACUUCGAACCAACAGCUUCAUCGAAGAUAUGCUCAAGACAUUUUAUGGCCGAGGAUUUUGUGAGACCAUUCGCUGUUGGUUUGACGACUGAGAAACCAAAAUUGAAACAACUACUAAAGACAGACAACUUUGGUAUCUGCGUGUAUCCGACGAUUUUAGUCUUGGGUGGCGAUGAAAUGAAACCUUUAUCCGCAAGAGAUCGCCGCUUUUCUGUAAGUAAUGCAUUUAGUAAUUAUGUUUUUACUAUUGCCAGUCGUCAGUCCUUAAUUUCGUCCAAUGUGAAUAUGUUAUAUAAGAAUGCAUAAUAAAUCUUGCUAUAUAUAUUCAUUAAAAUUAUAUGUAUUCAUUACCUAACAGGUAAUAAAUGCUAAGCGGUCAAGUACAUUGCUAAAAGAGGAAGGUGAACCCUCCACCUCGACUGAACAAGGUGAAACCUCAACAAUGGCUGAAGUUUAUACUGACAAAGGUGGACCGUCUACUUCAACAUUGGCUGAUCAAGAUGAACCCUCAACAUGGCCUGGGCCUGGCGGUACAGAGGAUACAUUUGUCCAAGCAAUUGACCAGGUUGGUAGUUGUAAACUAUUGUAUUUACUUAAUAUAAUUUUAUUUUAGACUAGCACACGUGAAAAUACAAAAGAUGGUUGGUGCCAAACUGUUGAAGUUGCUUGUAAAAAUUGCACAAAGCUGAAAUAAGAGCUACUGCGAUUGAAGCAGACAAUACAGUUUUACCAAUCUAAAUUAAAUUUUUGUAAGUCAGCAAUCAUUAUUCACAUUAAUUUCACUAUAAUAUUAAAAAAUUAUGAGCAUGGCUUUAUUUACUUUUAUAAUAUAGCAUUUGUAAAUUCUGAAGGCUGAUUGGCUAACAGCCAUGUUGAUAUAACUCAACGUCAACACAGAAAAGUUGGAAAAUUUCUUUCUUUGUAUUUCUGUGUGCUAUAUUAUAGACACGCGUGGAACUGAUUGGGAAAACUCGAAAAAGUGUGAAAACACUCCGCCCUUCGGGUUCGUGUUUCCACAAAAUUUCUUGUUUUCCCUAUUCCACUCAUGUUGAUAUAACUGUAUAUCAGCAUGGAAAAUGUUUUAUAUUUGUUAAAUAAUUUAUGUAUAAACUUAAUAGAUGAUGAAAAGUUCUGUGAUGAUCAUGAUGUUGGCACAAUCAGUACAACCCAUGAUGACAGUGAAGACAGUGACGAUGAUGCCGGGGACGAUGACAGUAAAAAUGACAGCAAUGAUGGUGAUUUGUUGGAGCCAUCUUCUCAAACAGAGACAGAAGAAGAACCAAUGAUGGUGGACAAAACAGUUUCAAGUGAUACAGAGCCAGAGGAUGAAAAUGUGACAUAUGGUAAAAGGUGUGCAAAUUACACUUGCUCAUUUUAUGUUUCCCAGGGGUGGGUCAUUUGA